UAAUGUAAUAACUAAAAAAGAUAGAGAAUGAACAAGAUGACAUCAUUCUUGGUUUUACUGCUUUUACAUUACUUUCAUUUUUUUUGUGAUGCACAAGAAACGGUGGUGUGUAGCUGGAAAUUUGAAACAAAUGUGAGUGAUUCUUGGAAAAUCCAAAACAAUCACAAACGAUUUGAAAGAGUUCUAUAUUCAAGUUUAAAUUCUACUGUACCACCUCAGGAUGGAAAUUGGGCAGUUACUGGAAAUGGAUCUAAUAACGAGCUAUUGCUACCUCAAGUUGCUUAUUAUGGGGGAAACAUCAAGUUAACGUUUUUUGCUUUUGCAUUUCAGCCAGCCAGUUUGUCUGUCGAAUUUUUGAACUUGAAUUUAAGCCGUAUUCAAAAUAAAAAUAUAUCAAUAAAAAGUAGUAGUUGGACUCAGUAUGAUGUUACUUUAAACAGCAAUCAGUAUCAAGGUUCUUCAGCAUUUUUAGUAUCGUUAAUAUACAGUGGAGAGAGCUCAAUAUAUUUGGACUCUAUUACUAUAGCAAUUGAUGGAAAAAUUAUAUCUUGUCCAACGAUAACCUCUUCAAAUCAUUGUGGAUUUGAUACAGCUGGUGUUGGAAGCUCAGGAUGGUCUUUUGAUAAGAUCUCAGUUAAUCAAACAUCAUACAAACAAGAAAUAAGUUCUGGUUAUACUGAUUUUGACUUGACAACUAACACUCAAUAUACAGUUGGACAAAAUUACACGAUUUUAAUAACGUUUGUCACCACUACAUUGGAUUCAAUUUUGAGUAGUAUAUCUAUGAAUGUUGUUGGCAACUGCAGCGAAUGUCAUUCAUCUCUUACUUGUAAUAAAUUAACUAAUGGAGUUAAUUGUGUUUGUAACCAGAAAUCAUGCCCUGGUUCUCAUACCCAGUGUAUUGUUUCAAAAACUGAUCAAUUAACAAAUCCAUGUAGUUGUCAACUUGGUUUCAUUGAAGAUGUUUCUGGAAAUUGUGUUGAUUUCAAUGAAUGUAAUAGCUUGACACCACCGUGUUCUUGGAAUAAUGGAGUAUGUCUAAACACAAAUGGUAGUUAUUCUUGUUCAUGUAAUAAUGGAUGGAUUUUGGGUGAAGAUAAUGCUAGCUGUGUUGAUGUCAAUGAAUGUAAUAGCUUGACACCACCGUGUUCUUGGAAUAAUGGAGUAUGUCUUAACACAAAUGGUAGUUAUUCUUGUUCAUGUAAUAAUGGAUGGAUUUUGGGUGAAGAUAAUGCUAGCUGUGUUGAUGUCAAUGAGUGUAGUAGCUUGACACCACCAUGUUCUUGGAGUAAUGGAGUAUGUUAUAACACAAAUGGUAGCUAUUUAUGUUCAUGUAAAAAUGGAUGGAUGCUAGGUGAAGAUAAUGCCAGCUGUGUUGAUAUUGAUGAGUGUACUAGUAUCAAACCAAUUUGUUCUUGGAGCAAUGGUGUGUGUUCCAAUACUAAUGGUAGCUUUGCGUGCUCUUGUAAAUAUGGAUGGAAAUUGGGUCUUGAUAAUACAAGCUGCAUUGGAUUGUGUGAUGACUGCCAAGGAAAAAACAAGUGUUUUAUAAAAAGUGCUACUGAAGCAGUGUGUUCGAGCAGUUCGAAUUCUUUGUUUAAUUUUUUAUCUUUAACUGUUUUAUCAUUUAUCAGUACUUUAUACUUCGUGCCAAAUAUUUGAUUACUGGCGCGUUUUAUAACUUGGUAUUUUUAAUUUAAAACGUUAAGUUUUUAAUGAACUUCAAUUAGAUCGAUUUAAUUUUCAUGUUUUAGAUAAAUUUUAAGUAGACA